AUGGAUGCACUUCCUCAAGCCAACCCUCAACCAAACCGUCAACCCAACCCUAGGCUAAUGAAAGACUUCGGUAGGCCCCAAGUAGGAGGUUCACCCUCUUGUAUAGUGCUUACUGAUGCAGCCAGGAACUAUGAGCUAAAGACGGUCCAUUACAACCAGCUGCCGUCUUUUCACGGUUCAGCAAGCGAAGAUGCCCUUACCUUUAUCAGGGAUUUCUACGGGAUAGUCCAACACUUCCCGUUGAAUGACUUGACCGAGGAUGCACUAAGGAUGAGGUGUUUCCCAUACACCUUGAAAGAUGCAGCAAAAACAUGGUUCAUGACUCUUACACCUGGAUCCCUUCGGACAUGGCCGGAGGUGUAUAAUAAGUUUAUUGGUAAGUUCUAUUCCCAUGCGAAAACUGCUGAAUUGAGAAGAAAAAUUGUGACCUUUUCGCAAGCUGAAGGCGAACCAUUCUAUGAGGCAUGGGAAAGGUUCAACAUGUUGCUCAUUCAAUGCGCCCACCAUGGCUACCCAUUGGAGCUUCAAAAUCAAACUUUCUAUGAUGGUUUGACUCAAACCAGCCAAUCAAUGGUUGACAAUGCGGCUGGAGGUGCCAUGGGAGAAAAAACUACGGAGGAAACCUUAGCAUUGUAUGAAAUGCUAGGGGCAAACUCCCAACAAAAGAGCGUCAGGGGACGGACGCCAGGUAUGUAUGAAGUUAAUUCAAAUGCUGGGUUGGAAAUUCAAGUGUCUGAGUUAGCUAAACAAGUGAAAAGCAUGUAUUCUAUGAUGAGUAUGAAGCAAAACAAUGCGUCUAUGGUGGACGAAGAUAUUCAUAAUUUUGAACAGGCCAAUGCUAUGAAUAGUUUCAAUCUUCAUAAUUUUGAACAGGCCAAUGCUAUGAAUAGUUUCAAUCAAAGGAAUUUUGAACAGGCCAAUGCUAUGAAUAGUUUCAAUCAAAGGCCUAGAAAUGACGCCAAUGCUAUGAAUAGUUUCAAUCAAAGGCCUAGAAAUGACCCGUAUUCUAUGAAUAGUUUCAAUCAAAGGCCUAGAAAUGACCCACAGCAAGAAGCAAAUAACCAGCGGUUCCAAAUGCAACAAGAAGCAAACGAUCAACGGUUCCAACGAACAGAGACAUCAGUUGCUAAAACUGAGGCUUCACUUGCCAGAAAUGAAGCUUCCAUGAGAAAGUUGGAAGUCCAAGUGGGGCAAAUUGCCGAAGCUCUACAAGGCCAUGUGCCAGGUAAGUUGCCUAGCCAACCUGAAGAAGCUAAGGUUAUGACUGUGUUAAGAAGUGGUAGAGUUAUUGAAAAUGUUGUUAAAGAAAAUACCACUUCUAAACAAGUUGAAAUAGUUGAAAAUUUGAAUGUUGAUAAUGAUGCUAAUAAGGAUGAACCCAAAUUGCAUAAAUCUAAUGAUCCUUAUGUGCCCCUGUUAUGA